CUUCCUGGUGUGGCCCAUGUUCCUUUCCUGACAGCCGCCGUCGUUCAGGAGCGGAGACCGUUGAUAGUUGCAGUUAUGUCGGCAGCUGCUUCGGGGACCAGCAAGGCGGCCCACGGCGAUGUGGCUGCGAAGAGAAAGAAGGGACCCGGUGCCCUGGCCACGGCAUAUCUCGUCAUUUACAACGUUGUUAUGACAGCGGGGUGGCUGGUGAUAGCUGUGGGUUUGGUCCGAGCUUACCUGGCCAGAGGAAGCUACCAUGGGCUGUAUUACUCCAUAGAGAAACCUCUGAAGUUCUUUCAGACUGGAGCUGUUCUCGAGAUACUGCACUGUGCUGUAGGAAUCGUACCAUCCUCUGUGGUCCUGACUGGAUUCCAGGUCAUGUCCCGGGUUUUCCUCACGUGGGCCGUCACGCACAGUGUCAGAGAGGUUCAAAGUGAGGACAGUGUGCUGCUGUUUGUCACAGCCUGGACUGUCACAGAGAUCAUCCGCUACUCCUUCUACACCUUCAGCCUGCUCAAUCACCUGCCAUACCUCAUCAAAUGGGCUAGGUACACCUUCUUCAUCGUGUUGUAUCCCAUGGGAGUGACUGGGGAACUGCUGACUAUCUAUGCAGCGCUGCCAUACGUGCAGAAGACAGGCCUGUACUCUGUCACCUUACCCAACAAGUACAACUUCUCUUUCGACUACUACACCUUCCUCAUCCUCAUCAUGAUUUCCUACAUUCCCCUCUUUCCCCAGCUCUACUUCCACAUGAUCCGGCAGAGGAAGAAGGUGCUGGGUCACAUAGAGGACUACGGCAAAGUGGAGUGAGCCCAGCGGCAUUCAGCAAGAUUCAAACGAGGGGGGAGAAAAUGAAAAAAGAAACCAAAACAUCAAAUAAACGAGGAACAAAAUUACGCCUGCUUAUUGGAAACUCGAAGCCCGACCAGGUUUAAGCUGCCAGAACUGACCUGGCAGACGGUCCAAUUAUCAAGCAACUUUCUUUAAUACAGCCGUUGUUUUGGUUGUACACAAAGAACUGGUGUUAUCUUUUUGUUUUGUUUUUUCUCUUUUAUAUUAUUCAUGAACAAACUUACAGAGCUACUUUUGUUUAGUCAGAGAGCUUGCAGCUGUAAAGGAUCUGUAUUUUGACUUGGGUACAGUUGAGCUGCUGUCUGAGCAGUGAGCAAAGCUCCAUCACUUAAAGCUUGAUUCGAAUUAUACAGUGAUAUAAUUCAUACCUCUCCCCGCUUCCCUUCCCCUCUUUUUAAAUGACACUUAAAAAAAAAAAAAAGUAGAGUAGAUUUGUUGCCUCCCCAUGACUCGUAUUUUGGUUUCUUUUAAGACGCUUUGCUUUAGAAAGAACGAUGUGAAGUCUAAUACUGAAAAUUGGUGUCUGUAGGUUUUGCAGGUACAGUGUUCGUUGCUGCAAACUGUGGUCCAGAUGUUUGUGUUCUGUCAUUUAUUUUAUUUAAAAGUUUGAUUACAUUCCUAAUUUAGUUCAAUAAACCUUUCAUUCCAUGCUUGCAUGCUUGGGUUUUCCUGUCCAUUUUAUUCCUCUCAGCCGUUGUUUGCUUGCUUGUGGUUGUGAAGUCUGCCUCAGCUUAGUUUAUGUUUACUCUCUAAAAGCUUUAAAAGUUUCCUGGCUUUUCAAGUGAUGACUGUGAGCCAUGUCCUUUGAUUUCUUCAUUGUUUGAUGUCCAGGUGGUUCAGACACUAAUUCCUGUGACUAGACAAGUCCCGUUUUUGUGUGUUUUCCUGUGCACAUCCAUCAUUUUUCUGCCUUUUGUUUCUUUAAUCUGUUGGAUGUUUAUAGCAUUGUUAGCUUCGUUUAAAUUAUACUUUAAGCGUCAAGAUUAAAGCAUUCCUGCUCCUUUAAGCUCCUAGUCUGUACCCCGCCUCUUACAAACACAGUCCGUGUGUCUUAAAGGGGAUGUUUUAAAAAGAAAACACUUACAAAAGAACUUAUUUUGGCAUAAGAUACGGGACACUUAAGCAAAAAAUAAAAAGAGCAGAUAGCACAAUCUGUAGUAGCAACAGUGUUUUGGGAUGAAAUAAGCUUUGAUAAUGUAACACUGCAUUGUAGCCUAAAUAUGUGUUGGAGUUGUCACUUUUGUUUAAAAAAAAUCCAGGUUGGGGUCUGUGUAGUUUGGUAAAUACGCUUGGUGGUUAUUAUUUAUAUAGAGGAUUGUAAACUAAAGUACUUUUCAUAUGUGACAGCUACAUGGCAUUACAGGAGUAAUGAUUUUCUGCUGUGGGUUUUGGUUUUUUGGACACAACGUUACAUUUGAACAUUAUAAUCCUGAAUGCUUGAUAUUUUCCUUGGACUCAGGUGGCACCGUUACACCAGGCUCGAGAUUACCUUUGAGUUCAAACAUAAUGCUUGCAGUAACUGCCUUUAAGCACCUCAUCAGCAAAGCAGUAUCAGCAAAAAAGAAUUAAGUAUUUAAAUAAAAACUUCUUUUUUGUCAUAUCUCUGGUGAUAACUAGCCAUGCACUGAUUUGUUGUAGUAUCUGAGAUUUCUGCCUCCAUCACAGUGCAUUAGAGGUACAUUGGAUUUUUGUUGUGGUUCCCAGAGAAAUGUCACAGAAGCAAAAAAAAAAAAAAAACGUUUCCAAGUUAUUCUGAAUCAGUAAUUGCAGAUAGCUUUUUAAAUACACACAGAACCACCCACAGUGCAAUGCAGCCCUUAAUAAGUUACACCCAUGUUUUAUAAUUCACAGGAAAAAAAUGCUCCCUUGGUCACACCGUGUGGUUUUAGAUUUACUGCCCCGAUUACUUUUGGAAGUCUGUAGUUAAAAUAAAACUUGAGGCUGAAAUCUCAGAAACAACUAUCUCUUAAUUUGAAGGGAUUUGUGUACAUCAUGCUCCAUUAUGCUGUUUCGUCUAAAAGUCAGUGUCACGGAUUACAAACAAGACAAAUUAUGCUGCUAAAGUUCAGCUUGCUGUCACGAUCCUAAACCACUCCUUUAUCCUAGCAAUGUAAGCACCGAGUGGCUGUAAUGUCAAACCCAGCCUUUGUUCUCCUUUUAUUCCCCACAUUAUUCUCCUGAAAUGAUAGAGCAUGAUCAGGAAUAUUUGUUGGAAAUGUCUUGCAGGAGCACAAGUGCAGCUUGUUGUAAAACUGCAUGAAAGAGGAGAUCUGGCUGUCUGCAGGAAUGAUGAUCUAUGUUAUUAAUCUCAGUUUAGAAAAGAAAAAAAAGACACAAUACAGAAGCAUGGUGUGUUACUCCAGAACUGGUUUUCCUGAAUAACGUUUUGAUACAAAUGUUUUGCAUGGGGCCAGCAGACUUUGUGCAGGUGUGAAUAACAAGUAUAUAUUUACAAUAAAGCUACAAUAUGAGAAUCA